GUCUCUGACCCAGUCAUGGUGCAGUUUGAAGUGUCCAUGUCCCAGCUGGUGAAAGUGGAUGAAGUUAAUCAGAUCAUGGAGACCAACCUGUGGCUGAGACAUAUCUGGAAUGACUACAAACUGCGCUGGGACCCCAAAGAUUUUGGAGGAGUGGAGUUCAUCCGAGUCCCUUCAGACAGGAUCUGGAAACCAGACAUUGUUCUCUACAACAAUGCAGUGGGGGACUUCCAGGUGGAUGAUAAGACCAAAGCUCUACUGCGUUACAACGGAGAUGUGACCUGGAUCCCUCCUGCCAUCUUCAAGAGCUCCUGCAAGAUCGACGUCACCUACUUCCCCUUCGACUACCAGAACUGCACCAUGAAGUUCGGCUCCUGGACCUAUGAUAAAGCCAAGAUUGACCUGGUCCUGAUUGGGUCAACCAUCAACCUGAAGGAUUUCUGGGAGAGUGGAGAGUGGGUUAUCAUCGAUGCGCCAGGCUACAAGCACGACAUCAAGUAUAACUGCUGCGAGGAGAUCUACCCGGACAUCACCUACUCACUCUAUAUCCGCCGCCUCCCGCUCUUCUACACCAUCAACAUGAUCAUCCCCUGCCUGCUCAUCUCCUUCCUGACCGUUCUGGUCUUCUACCUGCCCUCUGACUGCGGAGAGAAGGUCACCCUGUGCAUCUCGGUGCUGCUCUCCCUGACCGUCUUCCUCCUGGUCAUCACCGAGACCAUCCCUUCCACCUCGCUGGUCAUCCCGCUGAUCGGCGAGUACCUCCUCUUCACAAUGAUCUUCGUCACGCUCUCCAUCGUCAUCACUGUCUUUGUGCUCAACGUCCACUACCGUACGCCCAAGACGCACACCAUGCCGCGCUGGGUGCGCAGCGUCUUCCUGGGGCUCCUGCCCCGGGUGAUGUUCAUGACCCGGCCUAAGAGGGACCCGCGGAGGCUAGCCGGCCUCGCCCAUUUCCCACCACUGCGACCCUGCACCCCACCCACGUCCGGCUGCCUGGAGCCUCAGAAACAGCAGGACCUCCUGUCGCGUCAGCGUCUGUUCAUCCCCACGGAGCUCUCCCACCUGAACACCCUCAACAGCGACUCUGCCGUGGGAAGCACCGCCUACCUGUGCAGGGAGGGGCGCUGUGUAUGCUGCAGGCGCCAAAGGUCCAGCAAGCUGCUGGCAGAUGGCGGUGGCAGUGGGGGAGGUGUGGGAAGCCUUGGGUCUCUCACUGGAGGGGGAAGUCCCUGCUCCAGCUCUGAAUCUCUGAACGGCGGACCUCCCUCCCUGUCUGCCCUCUUACCAGAGGUGAGGGAGGCCAUUGAAAGCGUCAAGUACAUCGCUGAAAACAUGAGGCUGCAGAAUGCAGCCAAGGAGGUUCAAGAUGACUGGAAGUAUGUUGCCAUGGUGAUCGACAGGAUCUUCUUGUGGGUGUUCAUUUUGGUGUGCAUUCUAGGAACUGCUGGCCUCUUCCUCCAGCCUCUCUUGUUGGGAGAGGACAUGUAA